AAAAAUAAACAUUGCAAAUGUACUGAAGACAACUUCGUCGCGGAUAAACAUUUUCAACGUAAUUAUAAAUAAUAAAUUACCAUCAAUCUAUGGACAGUCCCAGCCAAUCCAAUUAGAAUGCAAUAGGUUAUGGUCACUUUUAUGGAACUGUCAAAAUCAGUUGAGUAGAGAGGAUAAAUAAAAAGGGAGCAUAAUAGAAACGAUAUUUAUGCAGAAUCCCAUAGUGAUGUUUACGUGAUAAAUGAUGGAAGAAAAGAAGAAGGAAUCGAAGUUCUUGAACAUAUUUCUAAAUCGGAAAAAGUCGCAACGGGAUUCCGGCGGCGAACAGUCGCAGCACUCGCACAACAAUUCAAACAAUGACCUCUCAUCGCGCAGACAUCAGGGCAUAUUUAAAAGCCUGCAGAAGAAAUGGAACUCGCACCGGAACAGCAAGUCCAACAAGCAAAGAGUUGUAGCCAGUGAUCCUGUCCUGGUGGGUUUUGCUCCUUCAAUCUCUGUCGAUGAGAACAAUCAGAACCACAUCAACACUGGUCCUCCUGUCAUACCCAGACGGACCAUCAUUUCAAAUCCCUCUGACCUUUACAACGAUGAUGAUGACGACGACGACGACAUAUCCCAGUACCUUGACAUGAGUGAAUUGAACCAGUCCAAGUGCUCAAAUGUGGGCCACCCAAACAAUUCGGAAAGCAAUAGCCUGGGAACUGAGCAAAUCAAAUUGGCGAAAUUCGGAUGGUUCUGGGGGCCUCUCACCAAACCUGAGGCCGAGGCGAAGCUCCAUGAUCUGCCAGACGGAUCGUUCCUGGUGAGGGACUCCAGCUCAUCCAGGCACAUAUUCACUAUCAGCUUCAGAAGCUACGGACACACGAUGCAUUCGCACAUCGAAUAUAGGCCGGGGCAGUUCUCGAUCGGGGACGAAUUGAGCAGAGCGAGCGUCUCCGAUCUGAUCGAGGAGGCGAUAAGAAUAUCCAAAGAAAGUGUCUUCUGCUAUUCGCGGGGGCGUGACGAGGCUGAGCCCUCCUACCCCGUGCGCUUCAUGCGACCGGUCUCCAGGUUCAUGGAGGUGAGGUCGCUGCAAUACCUCUGUCGCUUCACCAUACGACAGUACAUCAACGUGGGCAACAUACAAAAACUGCCGCUGCCGAGCAGCGUCAAGGGAUACUUGCAACAAGGACAAUACUGAAGGUUUUCUGUGAUUAUUUUUAUUUUUGUUUUGUUUUAUUAUUUAAUUAUAUUAUCUAUAUUCAUAUUUUAUUAUCCGCAUAUUGUGCAAUGUUGAUCGGAGUAUGCCGCCGAUCAACUGGACGUGUUCUUCUACUUCUUAUUACUAUUAUUAUUAUUAUCAAAAAUAAGGUUGCUCGAUAAUUAAUAUCGCAUUUCUCACGUAAAUAUUUUGCUUUGCAUUAAAUUAAGAAUGACGAAACAAUAUUUAAUUUAUUUAUCGAACAACCGAUUGUUACAUAUUUAACUUUUGUUUUUGCGCUUUUGAUUUACUUUCGACGAGUAUUCUUUGAUCGUUGAAGAAGAAAAAAAAAAGGGGGGAACCGAGAAAUUUUGCUCAGAAGAUGAUCAUCUUUGUUAUUGAAAAUCGAUUUUCUACUACGCUACACGUACGUCUCUCGUGCACCAUGUAUAUAAGAGAUUUUUUUGUAUGGGAAUUUUGUGAUAAUGAACAUUUAGACUUUAUAUAAAUAAUAUAUAUAUAUAUCUACAUAUAAAUUGUGGACUCCUAUUUGUAC